GAUCUCUGCUAUAGCAGAGUUAGUUCAGAAGCCUCAAUCCAUCUCCAACUAUUUACAGUGUUGACGGUAAAUUGACACUCACACAGUGCAAAUAUGGGUGAUUCUGAGAUGGCAGUUUUUGGGGUUGCAGCCCAGUAUUUGAGGAAGUCCGACAGGGAGCGUCUGGAGGCCCAGACCCGUCCCUUCGACAUGAAGAAGGAAUGCUUUGUUCCUGACGCUGUGGAGGAGUUUGUCAAGGCAACCAUUACCAGCCGCAACGGAGACAUGGUUACUGUGGAGACUCAACAUGGGAAGACUCUCACUGUGAAAGACACCCAGAUUCUGCAACAGAAUCCUCCGAAGUUUGACAAGAUUGAGGACAUGGCCAUGCUGACCUUCCUCCAUGAGCCUGCUGUGCUGUACAACCUCAAAGAGCGUUAUGCAGCAUGGAUGAUCUACACCUACUCCGGCCUGUUCUGUGUCACUGUAAACCCCUACAAGUGGUUGCCAGUUUAUAACCAGGAGGUGGUCACAGCCUACAGAGGCAAGAAGAGGCAAGAAUCUCCUCCUCACAUCUUCUCUAUCUCUGAUAACGCCUAUCAGUACAUGCUAGCAGACCGUGAGAACCAAUCUAUUCUGAUCACCGGAGAAUCCGGUGCUGGAAAGACUGUCAACACUAAAAGAGUCAUCCAGUACUUUGCCAGCAUUGCAGCUAGCGGUGGGAAAAAAGAUUCAACCUCCCAAAAUAAAGGAACUCUGGAGGAUCAAAUCAUCCAGGCUAAUCCUGCUCUGGAGGCCUUCGGUAACGCCAAGACCAUCAGAAAUGACAACUCCUCAAGAUUUGGUAAAUUUAUCAGAAUUCAUUUUGACACCCGAGGAAAGCUUGCAUCAGCUGAUAUUGAGACAUACCUUCUGGAGAAGUCUCGCGUCAUUUUUCAGCUCAAGGCUGAGAGAGACUACCACAUAUUCUAUCAGAUCUUGUCAAACAAGAAACCUGAGUUACUGGAGAUGCUUCUGGUGACAGCUAACCCCUAUGAUUACGCCUUCAUCUCCCAGGGAGAGACAACAGUAGCAUCUAUCGAUGAUGCUGAUGAAUUGCUUGCAACAGAUAAUGCUUUUGAUGUGCUGGGCUUCACUCAGGAGGAGAAAAACUCAAUGUACAAGCUGACUGGUGCCAUCAUGCACUACGGCAACAUGAAGUUCAAGCAGAAACAGCGUGAGGAGCAGGCAGAGGCUGAUGGCACUGAGGUUGCUGACAAAGUCUCCUACCUCAUGGGCCUGAACUCGGCUGACCUCAUCAAGGGUCUUGUUCACCCAAGGGUUAAAGUAGGGAACGAGUGGGUCACCAAGGGGCAAACAGUCCAACAGGUGAACUUUGCGGUUGGUGCCCUGUCCAAAGCUGUGUAUGAAAAGAUGUUCUUGUGGAUGGUGGUGCGAAUUAACCAGUCUUUGGAGACCAAGCAGCCUCGCCAAUACUUUAUUGGUGUACUGGACAUAGCUGGUUUUGAGAUUUUUGAUUACAACUCAUUUGAGCAGCUCUGCAUCAACUUCACCAAUGAAAAGCUGCAACAGUUUUUCAACCACCACAUGUUUGUCCUAGAGCAAGAGGAGUACAAGAAAGAAGGAAUUGAAUGGGAGUUCAUUGACUUUGGCAUGGACUUGCAAGCUUGUAUAGACCUUAUCGAGAAGCCAAUGGGUAUCAUGUCCAUCCUAGAAGAGGAGUGCAUGUUCCCCAAGGCCAGUGAUUCCACUUUUAAAGCCAAGCUUUAUGACAACCAUCUUGGAAAAUCCCAAAACUUCCAGAAACCCAGGAUUGUCAAAGGGAAACCAGAGGCCCAUUUUGCCUUGGUUCACUAUGCUGGUACUGUGGACUACAACAUCAGCAACUGGCUGGUGAAGAACAAGGACCCCUUAAACGAAACUGUAGUAGGGCUGUACCAGAAGUCUGGAAUGAAGUUACUGGCGACCCUGUUUGCCAAUUAUGCUGGGGCAGACUCAGUAGAAAUAAAGGAAGGAGGGAAAGAGAAAAAGAAAAAGGGAUCCUCUUUCCAAACUGUGUCUGCCCUUCACAGAGAAAACCUGAACAAGCUGAUGACCAACUUGAGGUCCACUCACCCCCACUUUGUGCGCUGCAUCAUCCCCAACGAGACCAAGACUCCUGGGGCCAUGGAGAAUCCUCUGGUUAUGCACCAGCUGCGCUGUAAUGGUGUGCUUGAGGGAAUCAGGAUCUGCAGGAAAGGCUUCCCCAACAGGAUCCUCUAUGGGGACUUCAGGCAGAGAUAUCGCAUAUUAAAUCCUGCUGCUAUCCCUGAGGGAACAUUCAUUGACAGCAAGAAAGGAGCUGAAAAACUGUUGAGUACUCUAGAUAUCGAUCACCAGCAGUACAGGUUUGGACACACCAAGGUGUUCUUCAAGGCUGGACUCCUAGGUCUGUUAGAGGAGAUGAGAGAUGAGCGUCUUUCCAAAAUUAUCACUGGUAUUCAAGCUAGAUCGCGAGGUGUUCUGGCACGAAUUGAAUAUAAGAAGCUUGUUGAUCGCAGGGAGGCAUUGCUUGUCAUCCAAUGGAAUAUCCGUGCCUUCAUGGGGGUCAAGAACUGGCCCUGGAUGAAGCUCUUCUUCAAGAUCAAGCCUCUGCUAAAAUCCGCCGAAGCUGAGAAGGAAAUGGCCAACUUGAAGGUAGAAUUCCUGAAGCUUAAAGAAGCGUAUGCCAAAUCUGAGGCUCGCCGAAAGGAACUAGAGGAAAAGAUGGUCUCCCUUCUGCAAGAAAAGAAUGAUCUACAGCUUCAUAUCCAGGCGGAGCGAGAUAAUCUCUGUGAUGCUGAGGAGAGAUGUGAGGAGUUAAUCAAAAACAAGAUCCAGCUUGAGGCCAAAGUAAAAGAGCUGAUGGAGAGACUGGAGGAUGAGGAGGAGAUGAACGCAGACCUGACUGCCAAAAAGAGGAAGCUGGAGGAUGAGUGCUCUGAGUUAAAAAAAGACAUUGAUGAUCUGGAACUUACUCUGGCUAAAGUGGAGAAGGAGAAACACGCCACUGAGAACAAGGUGAAGAACCUAAUUGAGGAAAUGGGGGCUCUGGAUGAAACCAUCGCCAAACUGACCAAGGAGAAAAAAGCUCUUCAAGAAGCUCACCAGCAAACACUGGAUGACCUGCAGACUGAGGAGGACAAAGUCAACAAUCUAACCAAGGCCAAGGCUAAACUGGAGCAACAAGUUGAUGAUCUUGAAGGGUCUCUUGAACAAGAGAAGAAGAUUCGAAUGGAUCUUGAAAGAGCCAAGAGGAAGCUGGAAGGAGACUUGAAGUUGUCUCUGGAGAAUGUAAUGGAUCUGGAGAAUGAUAAACAACAGUUAGAAGAGCGCCUUAAGAAGAAAGACUUUGAAAUCAGUAAUCUGAUAUCUAGAAUUGAGGAUGAACAAGGCACGACAGUCCAACUUCAAAAGAGGUUGAAAGAACUUCAGGCACGUGUAGAGGAACUGGAAGAGGAGCUUGAGUCUGAAAGAGCUGCUCGAGCAAAGGUGGAGAAACAGAGAGCAGAACUAUCCAGAGAGCUGGAGGAGAUCAGUGAGAGACUAGAGGAGGCUGGCGGAGCCACAUCUGCCCAGAUUGAGAUGAACAAGAAGAGGGAGAUGGAAUUCCAAAAACUUCGCAGAGACCUUGAAGAGGCCACUCUGCAGCAUGAAGCUACCACUGCCACACUCAGGAAGAAACAAGCCGACAGCGUGGCCGACCUUGGGGAGCAGAUAGACAACUUGCAGAGAGUGAAGCAGAAACUGGAGAAGGAGAAGAGCGAGCUCAGGCUAGAACUAGAUGAUGUCCACUCCAAUGUGGAACAUAUGGCAAAGUCAAAGAUUAACAUGGAGAAGAUGAAUAGAACUCUAGAAGACCAAGCCAAUGAAUUCAGGACAAAGUAUGAUGAAACCCAAAGAACCCUCAAUGACAUUACAACUCAGAAAGCCAGACUUCAAGCUGAGAAUGAUGAGAUUGGUAGACAGUUGGAAGAAAAGGAAUCUCUUAUCUCUCAGCUGACAAGAGGAAAAAGUUCCUACAGUCAACAGCUUGACGAUCUAAAGAGACAGCUGGAGGAGGAAGUUAAGGCAAAGAAUGCAUUAGCCCAUGCUGUUCAGGGAGCUCGUCAUGACUGUGACCUGCUCAGGGAACAAUUUGAAGAGGAGCAAGAGGCCAAGGCUGAGCUACAGCGUGCCAUGUCCAAGGCUAACUCUGAGGUGGCGCAGUGGAGAACCAAGUAUGAGACUGAUGCCAUUCAGAAAACUGAAGAACUGGAGGAAGCCAAGAAGAAGCUAGCUCAGCGGCUACAGGAUGCUGAAGAAGCUGUGGAGGCAGCUAACGCCAAGUGUUCCUCCCUGGAAAAGACUAAACACAGGCUGCAGAAUGAGAUCGAAGAUCUAAUGGUGGAUGUGGAGAGGUCAAAUGCUGCCGCUGCCGCUCUCGACAAGAAACAAAGAAACUUUGACAAAGUCCUGGCUGAGUGGAAGCAGAAGUAUGAAGAGUCACAGUGUGAGCUGGAGACCUCCCAGAAAGAGGCCAGGUAUCUGAGCACUGAGCUCUUCAAACUGAAGAACUCCUAUGAGGAAUCUUUGGACCAACUGGAGACAAUGAAGCGGGAGAACAAGAACCUCCAAGAGGAGAUAACUGAUCUGACUGACCAGCUUGGUACAGAAGGAAAGACAAUUCAUGAGUUGGAAAAGGUCCGUAAACAAUUAGAACAAGAGAAGGUUGAGAUCCAGGCUGCUCUGGAGGAAGCUGAGGCCUCCCUGGAACACGAGGAGGGAAAGAUCCUCAGAAUUCAGCUUGAGUUUAACCAGGUGAAGGCUGACAUUGAUCGCAAGCUUGCUGAGAAAGAUGAGGAGAUGGAGCAGUCCAAGAGGAACCUACAGAGAAACAUUGACACCCUGCAAAGUUCUCUUGAGGCAGAGUGUCGUAGCAGGAAUGAGGCCCUCAGGCUUAAGAAGAAGAUGGAGGGAGACCUCAACGAGAUGGAGAUCCAGCUUAGUCAAGCCAAUAGGCAGGCAGCUGAAGCCCAGAAGCAGCUGAAGAGCGUUCAUGCUCAUCUAAAGGAUACCCAAAUCCAGUUGGACGACUCUCUCCGUUCCAAUGAUGACCUAAAGGAGAACAUUGCCAUCGUAGAGAGACGUAACAAUCUGAUGCAGGCAGAGCUGGAGGAGCUAAGAAGGUGUCUUGAACAGACUGAGAGAAGCCGCAAGCUGGCUGAGCAAGAACUGCUGGAUGUCAAUGAGAGGGUCCAGCUGCUACAUUCACAGAACACUGGCCUGCUGAAUCAGAAGAAGAAACUUGAGGCUGAUGCUGCACAGUUUCAAACUGAGGCUGAGGAGGCUGUGCAGGAAUGCAGAAAUGCUGAAGAAAAGGCCAAGAAGGCCAUAACUGAUGCUGCUAUGAUGGCAGAGGAGCUGAAGAAGGAGCAGGAUACCAGUUCUCACCUGGAGCGCAUGAAGAAGAACAUGGAGCAGACUAUAAAGGACCUGCAGCACCGCCUGGAUGAAGCUGAACAAAUCGCCAUGAAGGGGGGCAAGAAGCAGGUGCAGAAGCUGGAAAACAGGGUGAGAGAGCUGGAGAAUGAGGUUGAGUCUGAGCAGAAGAAGGCUGCUGAUGCAACCAAAGGAAUUCGUAAAUAUGAGAGACGUAUCAAGGAACUCACCUACCAGACUGAAGAGGACCGUAAAAAUAUGACCCGUCUUCAAGACCUUGUCGAUAAGCUGCAGCUGAAAUUGAAAGCCUUCAAGAGAACUGCGGAGGAGGCUGAAGAACAGGCUAACACCAACCUGACUAAGGUCCGCAAGAUACAGCAUGACCUGGAUGAAGCUGAGGAAAGAGCCGACAUUGCUGAGUCUCAGGUCAACAAGCUGCGUGCCAAGAACCGGGAUGUCGGUUCCAAGAAAGCAUAUGAUGAAGAAUGAAGCUUUGGACCCUUCUGGAAAUAACUGUUCUGCUGUGUGUGGUAGAUUUCCCUCUACUACGUCCCUCCAUCUUUUGUAGUGUUGUGAAAUAAAAACUCUUCAAGCAGUC